AUGGCACACUCGUACGCGCACCUACAACAGGAGUCCACCAUGCACGUGCAUCAUCGUCUGCAGGUGUCCACGGCAUUGGAAAGCCUCACGAAAGAGGCCACUGCUCUGCACAAACGGCUGUGCCUUCUUCAGGACCACUCUGAUUUUGUCCAGGUGUCAGAAAUCGAGGACGUUCGAGAACAGGCGGCUAUGCUUCAGGCCGAGAAGGAAAUGCAGUGGACCACCCCCGCUGAACCGGAGGUGGGGUUGCUACCUCACACUUGUGUGGAGUGCGGCCAGAGCUUUGCUUCCUUCCGCCUACUACGAUCACACGAGGCUAAGAAGCAUGGUCAACGCACUCCCCAGUGUGACACUCAGCCCUUUGAUCGAUUCGCGCACGGCACAGGUCCUCAGGGACAAGCCGUGGCACUCGACCCAGUCAUGGAGAAGGAUGCAGCACCGGAACCGCUACCCUCGGCUCCUGCUGCGCAGGGACUCUGUCCUGAAGACUCAAGCCAGCUCGACAAGGUCCGGGACGCACUGGCCCAGGGCAGAUGGUUUGACCUGCCCCUCAACAAGCAGGAAAAGCUCUUCUUCGGACAUAUGGGGCCACUCAAGCGAGACCACACUGCACCCAGGGACCAGUCCACCCAGGUCCUGGGCAAGCGACAGCGUCUGGAACCACAGGACCCAUCCAAGGGACGAGGCAAGGGCAAAGGCAAGGGCAAAGGAAAGGGCAAGCCGAACUCCCCACUACCACAGGGAGUCUACCCGUCGGCAAGAAUGUGGGCCUACUCCAGUGGCUUGGACGACGAUCAGGACCAACCAUGGGUGCCGGACAGGACCUCUCGAUCCACGUGGCUGGAGGGGAGAGUGGGGAAACUCACCCAGCUUGCCCUGCGACAGGAGCAAGUCAUAGCAUCCCUCCGUCAAGACAUGACGAUGUACUUGUUCAUGCGGACGGGGAACGAUGGCAUGAUUCCGGUCUUGUGCCAAGCAGCGGACAAGUGGAGAGCCAUCAGGGAAGAAACUCCGGACAAGCUCACUUUCUCCCUGAAGCUCACGAUGUUCAAGCAGCUCCUGAUUUCUCUCCAGGAGAGAUUGACGGAGACGGCCAAAUCACAACAGGCCAUGGAGCACGCGCGAUCCCUGGGUUGGCUGGACAGCGAGCAGUGCUGGAAGAUCUUGAAAUGGAACCCGGCGCAGCAAGCCUUGGAGGUGGAGACUGCCCUUCGGGCGGUCUCGACAUCGGACCUGCUGGCACAGAUAGUGCAGGUCCGGAAAGCCACCACGGAGGAGACACUACUUCGAUUCAAGAGCAUCCGGCCCCUCUCCACCGAGGUCACAACGGACUGGGUGCAGUUUCAGAUUGCAGUCUCCCUGAGGAUGGACGGCGCUCCACUUUGGAGCAUGCUGCAGCAAUGGAUUGGCGCGGUCCCUGGCCUGAAGUCUGUAUUAAAGCUGUCCCUGCACAAUGCCACCAAUCUGUGCUAUCUCAAUUCCACGAUCGUAGCCUAUGCAUGGUCCAUCCUGCAGGCUCAGCUGCAUGGGCCAGGACGUCCGGUGCUAGCCAAGGACCUUCAGCACCUGCUCCGUACUGCUCCGCGUGGAUCCUGCAUGCCUUUGCAGGUCAUGUCCCAAUUGACGUGGCGGGCCCUGCUUGGGAACUGGAGGCACUUGCAUCGGCAACAUGAUGUCGCGGAGCUCAUCACCUACCUGCUACCGAGGUUCUCCAAUACAGACCAGCCGGCAAGUUGGGAGGCCCGUCUUGACACGCCACAUGGGGUGCACAAGCAAGAUGGAGGAGCACUUGUAUCGCCUCUCAUUAUGACUUUGCCAGCAGGGGCAAUGCUGAAUCUUCAGGGGGUGAUAGAUCAGUGGCACACUCAGGCGGUCCCUCAUGCCCUUACCAUUGCACCAACGUACCUGUGUAUUCAGCUGCAGAGGUUCACAGGGGAUUCCAGUGGCCUGCAACGCGACACGAGGCCGCUGCAAGGGCACAGGACACCAGUUCGGCUUCCGUGUUAUGAAACUGCUACCAGCAUACAAUGCUCCUGGACACAUUAUCAGGUGGUUGCUGCGCAGCUCCAUUUUGGCGAGAGCCCGGAUGCUGGACACUACCGAACUGUGCUCUAUGGGCAAAAGAAGUUCGGACACUUGCGUGCCUGGAUCACUGAUGACAACCAUGCUGCACAGCUCGCUUCUGAUGAUUACGCAUCGCACAGCUAUCUCCUCUGGCUGCGACAGGUGCAGGAUUGA